ACAUUUUGUGGAGAAUUAGCCAGACUUUUUAUGUGUUUACUGAUACAAACUCAUGGCUACGGGAAGGCUAAACCACAUGCGACACACAGUUCAACACGUGGGACCGCCACACCAAAGCUCACAUGGUCUCGUCCUCCCAGAAGCCUUCAGUUGGUAGCGUAGCAACAUGGCGGCCACCGGUGCCCACCUAGGGCAUUAUGUCAAGAGAAACGGCCGAUUUCUGCUUAAUAACAUCGAGCAGUUAUGGGCUUACAGGGGUUUUGGCUGGACUUCAGCUCUGCGACAACAAGCUGCAGAAGCGAAUAAAGAACCAACCGAUGCGAUUGUCAUUCCCAGGAAGAAAACAUGGAGCAAGGAGGCAGUGCUGGCAGCUCUGGCUUCAACUACCAGCAGGGAUCCUACAGCAUAUUCCUACGGUUUCCAAGAUGAUCCAUUCCUCUAUCCCAGGACCUCCAAUGAGUUUAGCACGUACACCCUGGCCAUGGAGUCUGGCAGAUCUGCAGCCAAAUACUUUGUCAACAAUAAUCCCAAAUUCUUUACCAAAGACUUUGCUGAACCGCAUAUACCAUGUCUGAUGCCAGAGACGGUGUCCCUGCUUCUUGAGGAGGUGAGUGAAGAAGCACUGAAGGAGCGGAUCAGCUUGAGGAAAGUUUCGGCUGCUGUUGAAAUGUAUGAUCAACUACUGCAAGCUGGCACAGCGGUUUCUAUGGAAACGUCCCAUGACCUGUUGGACCUGAUCUGUCUCUACUGUGACAGAGACCCUGUCCAGGAGGGAGAAGAGGAGAACUUGGGGCAGACAGGAGAGCCACAACCGAAGAAGAGACUUAAAUUACGUGAGACUCCAGACUACCUGAAGUCCACCUGGAAAGAAAACAACAACGCAGAGAGAAUCUUUAACCUGCUGCCAGAGAGAGACACAAGGUGUUACUCUGCCCUGAUCAGAGGCAUGGUGAAGUAUCGAGAAAAUGAUAAGGCCUUCAACAUGUACACAGACCUGCUUAACAACAGAGUGACCGCUGACGUCCACACCUUCAACGCUCUGAUCAAAGAAGCUCCAUUUGUCAGAGAGAAAUUCAACGACAAAUGGGACCUCAUUCUUGAGCUGUUGAACCAAAUGAAUCAGCAGAAAGUUCGACCCAACCUGUUAACCUUCAACAGUGUUCUCAAAUCUCUGAGAAGCUGUGGCCCUAUAGCCAAAACAAUGGCUUUUCAAGUUCUGGCUGAGAUGAAGGCUUUGGGAAUAGCUCCCAGCCUGGCCACCUUCCUGCACCUCAUUUACAUCUAUGCCAGACCAGGCUCAAAUGACCAGAGGAACAUUCAAAUUUUACAGGAUAUUCUACCAGAGCUGGAAGGAAUCAGCUUCACCGCCCAGGACCCCGAUGAUUUUCUGUUCUUCACAAACGCAAUCAAAUUAUGUCUCGACAAUAAAGAGCUGGAGCUGGCUUAUAGACUCUAUAGUGUGGUGGAACACGGGGAGAACUGGGGGAUGGUGGGAGAUCCCUACCGACAGAGUAUGUUCUACGGUCGCUUCUUCACCCUGCUGUGUGGGAUGGAGCACGUGGACGUGGUGCUGAAGUGGUACAGACGGCUCAUUCCUUCGAUGCUUUACCCGAACUCUCAGACACUGCUGGAGCUGCUGCAGGCUCUGGACACAGACUCUCGCCUGGACUUACUGCCCUCUAUGUGGAAAGAUUUCUGCAGUCUCGGCCAUGAUAGGACUAUUGUUCUGAUUGAAGAGAUACUCAGCCUGAUGGCCAGAGACCAACACAAGCCCGAGGUUCAGGAGUCGUUUGCAGAGUGUGCUCUGGAUAUGAGGAAGGCGUUCUAUGCGGAGACAGGGAGGAGCAAUCCUCAGUGGAACGCCUCCUCCCUGUCUAACGUCACCUCCCUGCUGCUGCGAGCCAACAACACCAAGCAGGCCUGGGAGAUUAUGACGAUCUUUCGCUCCAGGAACAUAGUUCCUCCUGCGAAGCUGUUGGAGGAAUUCCUGACAGCGUGUCACAAUAACGGCUUAACCCAGAUGGCGGUGCAGCUGGUUCAGGUGUCUGCAGCCUUCUGUCUGUCUGCAACACCAGGACUGGCAAAGAGAGUGCUGGCCGAGUUUAUCGUGACUGAAGAACAGAGAGACAUAUUAACUCAGCUGGCAUCUGCAGAAGAGAUGGAGUCUAAACAACAGAUGGAGUCUAAACAACAGAUGGAGUCUACAGGAGAGAUGGAGUCUACAGGAGAGAUGGAGUCUAAAGAAGAGAUGGAGUCUACAGGAGAGAUGGAGUCUACAGGAAAGCCCUCUGAAUGAGCAACACAACUAUCAUGUCCAUCCAUUCAUACAUAAAAAAGUGAUAAAUCCAUUGAGAGUGUGUGUGUUUCUAUAUGUGUAAUAAACUAAUCUGUGCCACAUAAA